AUGGAUUCCCACGGCACAACCGACUCCCCUUCUCUCCCCUGGCGCGCAGCCGCCUCCAUGACCAUGUGGGGAGUGGGUGGCCUUUGUCGCGCAUUUCUUACAUGCCUAACGCAUGCCGAGGUCCAUGGGGGAGAAGCUUUUACCGAGCUCCUCGACUCGCGACAGCAGCUGUCAGGUCGGUCAAAGGGGUUGAUUACAGCAUGGACGAUCCGCUGGUCUGGGGGCUCCUACCUUUUCGAUUCUGGAAUCGGCGGUGGUCAUUCGGUAGCCAUGAUAUCUGUUACCAGAAUCGGUACUGUCCCCUAUUGUUUUGCUCUGACUGCUGCUAAUGAGAAGUGUCUUCGCAGGCCGCUAGCCUUUUUCUUCACCAUGGGACAGGUCCUGCCUACGCAUCGUCUCGUGCAUUCGCAAUUCGGCGGUCUGGCACAGCCUGCCGUCACACAAGCGAUCAGAUUAUUAUCCAAAGGCCCCUUCCCCGUCGACCACCACCGCGCGACCCCAGACCGCCAGCAUUGGAGUCUCCAAAACGUGUGCGUCGACCCUUUCUCCGACCUCCCGGUAGCCUACACCACCAACGGCGAAGACGCGCACCAAGCACCGUCGGCCUUCGCGUGCAACACCUACUCGUGGGUGCACAUUUUCCCCGAAGGCAAGAUCCACCAGGCCCCGCGGAAAACAAUGCGCUACUUCAAGUGGGGAGUCGCGCGGCUCAUUCUCGAGGCCAGCGAGUGUCCGGACGUAGUGCCCAUGUGGAUCGAGGGGUUCGACGAGAUCAUGCAUGAGAGUCGCGAGUUCCCGCGGUUUCUGCCACGACCUGGGAAACAUGUCAGCGUUACGUUCGGCUCCAAGGUCGACUCGGAGGCUGUCUUUGGGGAUAUGAGGUCGCGAUGGCAGAAGCUCAAGGCCAAGGCCGAGGCGGCCGAUCCACAAUCGCGAGGUCUUCCGCUCGGUGUCUUGAGCGAGGAGCUGCUGAACAACCGAGAGGCCGUGGAGCUUCGCAAAGAAGUCACGAUGAAAGUGCGAAACCUCGUGCUGGAGGUCCGGCGAUCGCGCGGUCUGCCGGACGAGGAUCCCAAGGAGGGACUGGUCGAGACCUGGCUUGAGGAGGGACCCAAACGUGAAGGACACAUGAAGGACGAUUCCUGGGUUCGAGAUAUUUGA